AUGUCUGAAAAGGAGAGCCGUAUCUCUAGCCAGCAGAACUCCUAUGUUUUCGCUGCAAAGUUGCUUUUUGCCAGUCUGGUGCUCUUCUUCAUAGCAUCCAUAUUCCUAUUUGCUAGCCAACAGUCUAUCUUCGGCUUUUCCGAUAUUUCCAAAGAGAACUUCGACCUGAUGGUUCAGCAUGUGCAGCAUCAUCUCAAUUUGGAGCGCAGAGACAAGAAGUCCUCUAUUCUUGAUAUGACUAUUGUUCAGGUUGGAAUCGGCAUUGGAGUGUUCGCCGUGUUGAACUUUGUGGCCAUUACAGGCCACCACAUUGUUCAGAAGGUACAUAGAUCCACCAAUCUGUAUCGGUCCAUGGAGCAUGUGGAGUCGCCAUUCUAG